AUGGUGGCCGCACCUCGGUGCCCGCUGCCCGCCCUGUGGGCAUCCGUGCCCGUCUUGUGGGGGCUCCUGGCGCUGCUGCCCCCAGCCCGGACCAUGAACCUGGAGGCCACGAAGCCCGCGCUCUACGCCGGACCCACUAACAGCCACUUCGGCUUCGCGCUCGAUUUCCACCACGACCAACACAUGGGCCUGGGCCUGCUGGUGGGCGCCCCCCGGGACGUGGGGCGCCGGGACGAGGAGACGGGAGGCGUCUACCUGUGCCCCUGGGCACCCGGCGGGGCCCUCUGCAGCCCCAUCAAGGCGGAUUUCGAGGACCAGAUCGGCCACAUGGGCUCCGUCACCCUGAGGACCUUCAAGAGCCGGCAGGGGUUCGGUUCGUCCGUCGCCAGCUGGAAGGGCACCGUCGUGGCCUGCGCCCCGCUGCAGCACUGGAAUGCCCAGGACGGGGACCGGGAGGCCGGGGAGACCCCCGUGGGCGACUGCUCCGUGACCCAAGGUGCCAACGGCUCCUGGGCCCACUUCUCGCCCUGCCGGAACAAGUUCAUGAACUACCAUUAUGUCAACAUCUCAAACUAUAUGAAUGACCGGCGCUACUGUCAAGUGGGGUUCAGUUUGGCCAUCACCCAGGCCGGAGAGCUCCUGGCAGGUGCCCCGGGUGGCUACUACUUCACCGGUCUCCUGGCCCGGGCUCCGCUGGCCAAAAUCAUCUCCAGCUACAAACCCACCAACCUGCUGUGGAUCGUCCCCUCCCAGAAACUCACAGACGACCUCCUUCAAGUGGAAUAUCGGGAUGCCUACCGAGGCUACUCGGUGACGGUGGGCGAGUUCGACGAUGAUCCCCGAACCCCAGAGUUCGUGCUCGGAGUCCCCAACUGGAGCACCACCAAGGGGGCGGUGGAGGUCCUCAACAUGAAGCACGAUGUCCUGUACCGGCUGCAGGGAGACCAGGUGGCAUCUUACUUUGGACACACGGUGGCCGUGACUGAUGUCAAUGGAGACAGGAGGGAUGACCUGCUGGUGGGAGCCCCGCUAUACAUGGAGCGGCGGGCGGACCAGAAGCUGGCGGAGGUGGGGAGGGUCUCUGUGUUCCUGCAGCGCCGGGCCGCCCCCACCCUGGGGACCCCCGACCAGCUCCUCACGGGCAGCGAGGUCUACGGACGCUUCGGCUCCGCCAUCGCCCCUCUGGGUGACCUCGACCGAGAUGGGUUCAACGACGUGGCCGUGGGAGCGCCAUUCGGUGGGCCUGAGGGGCAGGGCCGGGUUUACGUGUUCCGCGGCACGAGCGAAGGACUGGAGGGCCGGCCUUCCCAGGCCCUGGACAGCCCCUUCCCCCGAGGCUCCGGCUUUGGCUUCGCCCUCCGAGGAGCCACCGACAUCGACGGCAACGGAUACCCGGACUUGCUGGUGGGAGCCUUUGGGGCCAGCCAGGUGGCUGUGUACAGGGCUCAGCCCGUGGUGGUGAUCGAAGCCCGGCUGUUGGUGCCAGAUGUCCUGAACCCGGAUAAGAAGGAUUGUGUCCUGCCCCAAACCAAACUUGCUGUCAGCUGUUUCACUAUCCAGCUGAGCGUGAACAUCUCAGGCUACGACAUUCCCGAGAAACUGGGGCUGAGGGCCGAGGUGCAGCUGGACCGUCAGAAGCCGCGCCAGGGUCGUCGGGUGCUGCUGCUGGAUGCCCGGCAGGGACAGGCGGGUGGCACCUCUGCGGCGCUGGAGCUGAACCCGGGCCCGGAAUCCGGCUCCUACAACAUCACGGCCUUCCUCAGGGACGAGGCUGAGUUCCGGGAUAAACUGAGUCCCAUCGUGCUGAGCCUGAACCUGACGCUGGGAGCCGUGGACGGGACCCUCCCGCUGCCCCCCGUGCUGUAUGGUGACACGUAUGUGCAGGAGCAGACUCGCAUCGUACUGGACUGCGGGGAGGACAAUGUCUGCGUGCCCCAGCUACGGCUCCUCGCCAACGUGUCGGGUGGUCCCCUCUUGGUGGGCGCGGACAACGUGCUGGAGCUCCACGUGGCCGCGGCCAACGAGGGCGAAGGGGCCUACGAGGCGGAGCUGGCCCUGCGUUUGCCCCCCAGCACCCACUUCAUGCGGGCGGCGACCACCCAACAGGGCUUUGAGAAACUCACCUGUAGCCAGAAGAAGGAGAACGAAUCUCGGCUCGUCCUGUGUGAGCUGGGCAACCCCAUGAAGAAGGGAGUCAGGAUGGCCGUGUCGGUGCUGGUGAGCGUCAGUAACCUGGAGGAGGCCGGAGACAAGGCCACGUUCUGGCUGCAGCUGACGAGCAAGAACAGCCAGAACCCGACGAGCGUCCCCGUGGAGCUGGACGUUGCCAUCCGGGCUGCUGCCCACUUGGAGCUGCGAGGGAAUUCCCUCCCGCUCUCCCUGGUGCUUCCGCCCGCCCCGGAAAGGAGAUGGAGGCUCCAAGACCUGGGACCCAAGGUGGAGCACACCUAUGAGGUCUACAACAAGGGCCCGGGGUCGGUCAGCGGGCUACUGCUGCUCCUAAGCUUCCCCAGCCGCUCGCAAGAAGGGGACGUCCUGUACGUGCUGGGGGUGACGACCCAGGACGACCUCCGAUGCAUCACUCACCCGGCCCCCGACCCCCUUGGGCUGGUCCCCCGGACGCCCACCCCGACGUCCGACAGUGACCAAGAGGCCCCCGAGCGAGAGAGGCGGGAGGCCCCCUCCACGCCACCCCUUACCUCGGAGUCUGUGACCUUGAGCUGCGGGGAGGCCCCGUGUACCCAGAUCCGGUGUGAGCUGGCACGGCUGGACCGGGAACAGCGGGUCAUGGUGACGGUGAAUACCGCCCUGUGGAUGGUCCAUGUGGACAAGAGACCUCUGGACCAGUUUGUGCUCCAGUCCCAGGCCUGGUUCAACGUCUCCUCCCUGCCCUACUCCGUGCCAGUCCAGAAGCUGCCCACUGGAGAGGCCCUGGUGGCGACCCAUCUGCUGCGGGUGAGCGCGGAGGAGUGGGAGAUUCCCACCUGGUGGGUCGUGGUUGGCGUGUUCGGCGGGCUGCUGCUGCUGGCCCUCGCCAUCCUGGCCAUGUGGAAGGUCGGCUUCUUCAAGAGGAACCGCCCUCCCACCGAGGAGGAAGAAGAGUAGCCAGCGGUGGGCCUGCCUCUUCCCCAUCCCCACUAUUCCGGGCCUCCCUACUCAAGCCAAACUCUCUCUUCCCUCCACUCCCUC